AUGGCAGCUCAGAUCCCCAGCGACGCUCCCAAGGAGCUCAACGCGGCCGACGCCUCCCAGAACCCCGGCGCGGCCGCCCAGUCCAAGACGACUCCCGCCGGCGACGACCACGGCGAUGACUCCGAAGACGAGGCCGACGGGGCCGCCGCCAACGGAGCUGGUGCGUCCACCGCCGCCAAGAAGAAGAAGAAGAGAAAGCCCAGGAAGAAGAAGAACCCCACCAGCCAAACAGACCCGCCCCGCGUCAUGAUCAGCCAGCUGUUCCCCAACAAGACGUACCCCAAGGGCGAGGAGGUCGAGUACAAGGACGACAACAACUACCGCACCACCAACGAGGAGAAGCGCCACCUCGACAACCUCAACAGCGAGUUCCUGACCGACUACCGCGAGGCCGCCGAGGUCCAUCGCCAGGUCCGCCAAUGGGCGCAGAAGACCAUCAAGCCCGGACAGACUCUCACCGAUAUUGCCAAUGGUAUCGAGGACAGCGUCCGCGCCCUGACUGGCCACCAGGGUCUGACCGAUGGCGACGCCCAAAUCGCCGGCAUGGGUUUCCCUACCGGUCUCAGUCUGAACCAUUGCGCCGCCCACUACACCCCCAACGCCGGCAACAAGAUGGUCCUGAAGCAGGAGGACGUCAUGAAGGUGGAUUUCGGUGUCCACGUCAACGGUCGCAUCGUCGACUCGGCCUUUACUAUGUCUUUUGAGCCCAAGUACGACAACCUGCUCCUGGCCGUCAAGGAGGCCACCAACGCCGGUAUCCGCGAGGCAGGCAUCGACGCUCGUGUCGGCGAGAUUGGCGGCGUCAUCCAGGAGACUAUGGAGAGCUUCGAGGUGGAGAUUGACGGCACCACUUACCCCGUCAAGAGCAUCCGCAACCUGACUGGCCACAACAUCCUGCCCUACAGCAUCCACGGAACCAAGGCGGUGCCUAUCGUCAAGAGCAACGACCAGACCAAGAUGGAGGAGGGAGACGUCUUUGCCAUUGAGACUUUCGGCAGCACCGGUAACGGAUACGUCCGGGACGACAUGGAGACGUCGCAUUAUGCGAAGCGAGGAGACUCGCAGCACAUUGAUCUGCGCCUGAGCUCGGCCAAGUCGCUGCUCAACGUGAUUAACAAGAACUUCGGAACCUUGCCGUUCUGUCGCCGAUACCUAGACCGUCUCGGCCAGGACAAGUAUCUGCUCGGGCUUAACAGCCUGGUCAACAACGGCAUUGUCGAGGCGUACCCGCCCCUGUGUGACAAGACGGGCUCGUACACUGCUCAGUUUGAGCAUACCAUCCUGAUCCGACCCACCGUGAAAGAGGUCAUCAGCCGUGGAGAUGACUACUAA